AUGGUUCCAGAUCACCAACGAAAGUGGUGGAAAAAGACGGGUGAAGUGACCUCAUGCAAGUUAAACGCAACGUCGAGGCACAAUUUUGCUGGUUCCAAUGGCGUAAGUUUACUUCCUCCUCAAGCUGUCGAGGAUGCCGCUUCUUGGCCCAGACUAAUAGCUGUCUAUCUCACCCCUCUCUUCUUUUCCUCAACGCACGCAGCUGGCAACGCGUGUACGACGCAGAAAAAAUCAAAUGUGAAACUGAAAGAAGCCACGAGACAUUGUUUAAUUUGUUUUGUUAACAAUCCUGUCAUUACACACACACACACACGAGUUAAACCCCACGUCAACGUGCGAAUGAAAUGUGAACCCUCCAUGUCCAUUGUGAGUAGUGUCCUGCUUCCGCGGCUGAGCCAAGGCGUAACGGCCUCGUUUGCAUUUCGGUUGGCGCCGCUCAUGUGGAACGCCGCUCCGAAGCUGCAUCGCCCGACGGCCUGCUGCACCGGCGCGUCGCCACCCGCCGCCUCCGACGGCGCACUUCACAAUGCUACGUUAGAGAAAACUGGGCCACUUCUGAAAGGUUUGACUGCGGGAAAAUGUAUUGCAACAAACACUGGAUAUUGCAAUUACACAGAUUUGGACAGGAAAGACUCGGAGAAAUCACGGUGUAAGCUUGAGAAUGGGGAAAAUAUGUCCCCGAAACUGUUGCGCAAUCGAUCUCUUGAAGAUGAAGAUCAUGGCCGCUGGUUGCAUUACGUCGACAGCAGACUAUUAAUAAAAUUUAACAUCCCACACAAAGUUUCCCCAACUCAUGAAAUUGUUCGCAGCUCAACUUCCACAUCAGAACUGAGCAGAACACGAUCAAGUCUGCGAUUUUGGUGUGAUAUUUUGAAAGCAGCCGCCCGAGUUCAGAAGUUCAGGCAAGCGCACCAUGGGUUUAAGGAAAUGAAGAGAAAAUAUUCAGAACUAAGUCGGUUAUCAAGCGCGAAGUAG